AUGGGCGGGUCCCGGACUUACCACACGAAAUCGCGCAAUGGCUGCAAAAACUGCAAGAGGAGGCGGGUGAAAUGCAAUCUAAACUCUCCCUGCUGCAGUAACUGCUCUCGCCGGGGUGAGCUAUGCUCCUUCCAGCUCUCGUCAUGCUCUUUCUUGGUUGAGGGAACCAGAGACCAAGGCGAGAUCGAGGAAGGACUGGGAUUCAACGACUAUCUAUCUAGCAUCGCUGUUCCGACUAUUGAAAAAUGGUAUCCUUCCAUGUUCCCGGGCCAGAGCAGACUCGAAAGUGAACUGAUCUGCCACUUUACCAUUUCAUGCGCGCCAUCACUAGCUCUAGCAUCAGAUGCGCAGUUUAUUUGGGAAUGCGAAGUCCCCCUCAUAAGAAGCGAACAUCCAUUCCUGAACCAAGCUGUCUUGGCCCUGUCCGCUUUACAUUUGUGUCACUUGAAAACACCUAACACUUUAGAAUAUAUGAAUACUGCGAGAAAGAGUUUUGCAGGUGCGAUAAAUCAAUUCCAGUGCCAUGUGAAGCAAAUUACAACCGGUAACUGCGUUGCCUUGUUUGGCUUUUCGAUAAUCGUGGCGAUGUUCCAACUAAAGGUAUCUUCCGAUACCGUAGCAAGAGCCACAAUUGAAGAUGACCAACAGGUGGCGGCGGGUUUUGAUACAAUCACUGUGCUGAGAGCGACAUGGAAACUAACUCCUUUUCUGGGGCCGUGGUUGUUACAAACUCGUCUUGGGACUCUUUUUGCUCGCGGUCGUGAUUUUGACGAACAAGAGUAUCUGGACGCCGCCAAUCUUGAACUGGUGUUUUCUCGCCUAGAAAUGCUCAACCUCAGUGACAUCCAAGUCGAGAGAAGUAAGGUUGACUGUUCGCAAGCGCUGGAUGCGUUACGAUACUGGUACACAUUCAUGGGCCGUCGAUUAACGAUUUGGCUACAUGUUGUGUGGUGGCCAGCCGCUAUUACUGAUGACUUUCUGCGGCUUUUAAAAAUCAAGGAUCCUAUGGCGCUGGCAAUUUAUUGCUUCUGGGUAUUAGGAAUGACUAGAAUGUCACAGAAAUGGUUCAUGGAGGGUUGGGCCGAAGCCACCUUCACGUCGGUUGUCCGUUCGCUCGAUCCAGAAUGGAAGGGGUUGGUUCAGUGGGUGCUGAAACCAAUCCUCCAAAGAGACUUGUCAUUGUAA